CUCCUUCGUACUCGAACAGAUUAGCUUUUACCUCUCCCUACCUUUAAUUUUUCUUUUCUGAUCUUUUCUUUCUGUGUCUGAAUAAAUGCAAAAUCUGUCAAAAGCAAACAAAGCCGUUUAUCGAUGUACUUCUUACUCUCUGUUACUGCCAUUGCUUAAUUACUGAACGUACUUUUGUGUGCUCUUCAGCCAACUUUAAGCUCUAAAAAAUUGAUUACAUCGAAAAGGAAAUAAAAAAGUAGAAAUGCUAGAAACUGUGAAGUACCUGAUCGGCUCAACAGGAGCCAGCGGUUUUGGCUCUAAGUCUACUGCUGAGCAAGUUACCGAGACUUGCCCUGAUCUCGGCUCCAUUACCGCUAUCGUCACAGGUGCGACAUCGGGGAUCGGAGCUGAGACGGCUAGAGUGUUGGCUAAGCGAGGAGCUAGGUUGGUGCUUCCAGCUCGGAACCUUAAAGCUGCUGAGGAUGCUAAGGCUAUGAUUUUAUCAGAGUUCCCUGACUCGGAGAUCAUUGCCAUGGCUCUUGAUCUUAGUUCUCUCAUUUCUGUACGAAAUUUUGUGUCGGAGUUCGAGUCACUUGACUUGCCUCUCAAUCUCCUCAUAAACAACGCCGGCAAGUUUGCGCAUGAACAUGCAAUAUCCGAGGAUGGAAUCGAGAUGACAUUUGCCACUAAUUAUCUUGGUCAUUUUUUGUUGACGAAACUGUUGCUAAACAAGAUGAUCAAAACGGCAAAACAAAAGGGCGUUCAAGGAAGAAUCGUGAAUGUGUCGUCAAGUAUUCACUGCUGGUUUUCUGGCGAUAUGAUCGGGUGUCUAGGCCAGAUAUCGAGAAGCAAAAGUCAAUACGAUGCGACACGUGCUUAUGCUCUCUCGAAGCUCGCUAAUGUUUUGCAUACCAAGGAGCUUGCUCAGAGACUGAAGCAAGUGUCCAACGUGACGGUGAACUGUGUUCAUCCAGGGAUUGUUAGAACCCGUCUCACCAGGGAACGUGAGGGCUUGAUCACAGAUCUGGCUUUCCUUUUAGCUUCCAAGCUCCUGAAGACAAUCCCUCAGGCAGCUGCUACGACUUGUUACGUUGCAACGCAUCCAAGGUUAGUAAAUAUAAGUGGGAAAUACUUUGCAGACUGCAACGAAGCAUGGACGUCGAAACUGGGGUCUAAUUCGAACGAAGCUGCAAGGCUAUGGGCUGCCUCUGAAAUCAUGGUUUCCAGACACGCUGAAGCAGUUUUUGAUCCGGUUAAUGUCUUUGAUUAUCACGAUAUGUAG